AUGGACGGCAUCGGCAAAAGCGAUUACAUUCAUCACCGUCUAACGUUGCUCGCCUCCUCUAUCGGCAUGAAUAUCAUCGCUGAUGGAUGGCACUACAACAUUCGUCUUCGGUUAUCGCAAACCUUGACAUUCUUCGUGCUCUUCUUGUACGUUUUCAACUUGCAGAAAUUCCGGAAUGACUUCAACUAUCUUUGCUACUCGACGAUUUUGAAUGCUCCGAUAAUGGGAGCUGUUUUUCGAUUAUACUUUUGGCCAAGCAAAUAUUUGAUCGUUCAGCGACUUUACGAAUCCCAUCGUAAUUUGGAUCAAACGAAUUUUCACGGAAAACAGGCAAAAAUCACCGAAAAAUUCAAUUAUUUCAUUAAUGUUCUUUGUACUUUUAUAAUUUUUUCUUUGCUCAGUUUCGGCGUUGCUCUCGCAAUUUCUCCAUUUUUGUUUUCUUUCAUCUUUAAUGAGCAACUCGAGCCGCCGCUUCCUCUUUACCUCGUCGGGAUUGACGUCGCAUCUACCGCCGGUUUCAUCGUUAACUACAUUUUUCAAGUCAUCAUCUGCCUAAUCGGCAUCACCCUCUACUGCUUCAUACAAAGUUUAGUUGUUGUUUUUCACGCAUCAGUGGCCGAACAAACAGAAAUCUUACGCGCCACGGUACGCAAUAUCGAGCAAUCCAUAUUAAUGAAUCAACGCUACCGGAUAUUAAAGGAGAAAUUUAUCGCGUUAAUUGAAAAUCACGAUAAAGUGUUGGCGUACGCCAGGGACUUGGAAGUUUUGAUGAAGUAUCAAGUACUGUUAGACGUGACGCCAUUUUGUAUCGUAACUGUCAUCGCUUUAUAUUAUGCCCGUGUUGCCAAUUGGUAUCCGGGCUACUUAUUUGCCAUAUCGAUCAUUGUAAUAGGAUUCCUCAAUACGGCGCUAAUUGAAUUCACGACGAUUCAAAAUGAAAAGUUGCAUCACGAAAUUUACGGCACUUCUUGGUAUACGGUCGAUGUGAAAUUACAAAAAAUGUACUUAAUGUUACUCAUGAAGACUCAAAAAACGCAAUUUUUCACAAUUGGAGGAUUGAGACCUGUUGGCAUGGAUUUGUACUUAACUUUUUGUGAAAGCGUUUAUUCGUAUUUGAUACUUUUGAACGACUUGAGCAGCAAAUUUAUCGAUUAA